UGGCUCUGCGUGGAUGCACAGCGAGAAGAUACAGCAAAUAAGAGCAAACGAUUCAGCAAUUUGAAAAUAUACUUGCGUUCAUUCAAUUGGGUGUAAAGGGGAGUUUUGUUUUUUUCUUUUCAAAUCGAGAGAGAGAAAGCCAGCCAGCCGGCGAGAGAGAGAGUGAGAGUCGAUUCCUUUCUCCUCCACUGUCCCCCUCCUCCUCCUCUUCCUCCCCCACGUCCCCCCGUGGACCAGCGAGGGAAACACUCCGCCGGCCAUCGAGGAGCACAGCGCAGCGCAGCUUCGAGCGUCACCGUUUGCGGCAUCCGCAUCACGCCCCGAGAUGGAGGUACCAGGCUUGCAGGCGCGCGACAUCAGCAGCCCGCUCAGCCCCUGCGAGGGGAUGAUCAAGGACCUGAGUCUGGACGCCAUACAGCUCUGUGAGCGAGAUGGAAGUAAAUCCCAGGACGGCGCCCUCUCCGACAUGGAGGAGCUGCCCGUCCCGCAGAGCAUCAAGAUCAGCAACAUCACCUGCGACUCCUUCAAGAUCUGCUGGGACAUGGAGCAGCGCGGCAAGGAGCGCAUCACGCACUACUUCAUUGACCUGAACAAGAAGGAGAACAAAAACUCCAACAAGUUCAAACACAAGGAUGUGCCGACCAAGCUGGUGGCCAAGGCGGUGGCCCUGCCCAUGACGGUGCGGGGCCACUGGUUCCUCAGCCCGCGCACCGAGUACACCGUGGCAGUCCAGACGGCGUCCAAGCAGACCGACGGGGACUACGCCGUCUCGGAGUGGAGCGAAAUCGUCGAGUUCUGCACCGCCGAUUAUUCCACAGCGCAUCUCAACCAGCUGCUGGCCAAGGCCGAGGUGAUUUCCGGCCGGAUGCUGCGUUUCUCCGUCUUCUACCGCAACCAGAAUAAGGAAUACUUCGACCAUGCCAGGGAGGAGCAGGGCAACCGGAUGCUUCCGUCAGUGAAGGACAACAGCGGCAGCCACGGUUCUCCCAUCAGCGGCAAGCUGGAGGGUCUUUUCUUCAGCUGCAACACCGAGUUCAACACGGGAAAGACCCCGCAGGACUCCCCGUACGGCCGCCACCGCUUCGAGGUCCGGGCCGACGCCCUGUUCAACCCCGACACCAACCUCUACUUCGGGGACUUCUACUGCAUGUACACGGCCUACCACUACGUCAUCCUGGUCCUGGCCCCCAAGGGAUCCCGGGGGGACGACUUCUGCAAGCAGAGGCUGCCCGCCCUCGACAUCGCCGACAACCGCUUCCUCACGUGCCAACGGGAGGAAGGCGGAGGCGACGGCCUGUUGUUCCGCCACGCCCAGGACGUCAUCCUGGAGGUCAUCUUCACGGAGCCCGUGGACCUGGCGCUGGGCACGGUGGCCGAGAUCAGCGGGCACCAGCUCAUGAGUCUGUCCACCGUCAACGCCAAGAAGGACCCCAGCUGCAAGACCUGCAACAUCAGCGUGGGACGCUAGUGGCGAGCGAGGGGCGGGACUUCGGCCGGGGGCGGGACUUCGGCGGGGUGUUGCGGGGGGACUGCACCCCCCCUUGCGCUGCGGCAGAGCAACACUUGCAUGAAAACACACACGCACAUACACGCGCACGCACCACAACCAUGAACACAACUUGUUUUCUCGCACUAUUACGACUUUUUCUUCCCCCCAAAAUCACAUUCUGUUCUCGUCACAUAUUCACAUUUUUUUCAAGAACGAAGUUGGAAAACAGAAUUCUCGAAAAACAAAGUUCAAUUUUCUGGUAAUAUAAUAUUUUUCUUUUCUCCCAAAAUAGUGACUUUCUGACUUAAUUCUUGUUAUACUUGUUUGAUAAAAUCUCGCAGUACAACAAUUUUUUCCUUAUAUUAUUAGGACUUUUCCCCCCAAAAAGCUGACUUUGUUCUCGUGAUGUUACAAAUGUAUAUUUUUGAGAGAAAAAUUGUGUUUUCUUGGAAAAACAAAAGUAACCGUUAAAAUUGCAACAUUAUUCUUGUAAUAUUCCCACAUUUAGUUCUCUCAUGAUAUAACAUUUUUCUCCCAUCACAACUUUUUUUUCUCGUAAUAUUGCAAUUCUUCUCAUAAUAUUCCUACUUUAUUAUUUUAACAUGAGGACAUUUUUACUUCCCAAAAUGUCUUUAUUUCUGUUAGUCUGACUUACUGGCGCAAAAUUAUGACUUAAUUUUCGUUCCACUCUUCCUUUUUUUUUUUUUAAAUUCAAUUACAAUACUUCAGUGUCACAGUACAAAAUGUUUUUCUCGUGCUACUACGACUUUUGCUCACAAACAAAAUCUUACUCUAUUCCAUGAUAUUGCAAAUACAUUUUUUUGAAUUUAAAAAAAUGCUGUUGUCUUGGAAAAACAAAAACAACCUUUGUUGUUAUAAGAUUACAGAAUUGUUCUCAUAACAUUUUUCUCGUCAUAUUGCUAAUAUUUCUCGAGAAAACACUUUUUUUCACAUAACAAAGACAUUCUCGUUAUGCUCAAUUUCCAUUUUAUUCAGAAACGCCUUUGUUCUCGCAGUGCAACUUUUUUUCUUGUACUAUUACAACUUUUUCACCCCCAAAAAACAGGUCUUUAUUAUUAUCUUCAUAAAAAAAAAAUUUUUUAAAAAAUUUGGUAUUAUGUUUUUCCUCAGAAAACAAAAGUUAUUUUUCUCUAAAUAUUGAAACUUGUUAUCAUUAUAUUACAUCUUUUUUUGCUGAAAGUUAAUGACGUUCUUAUAAUAUUCCAACUUUAUUCUUGUAAAGAAAGACUUUUUUUCCUUAAAAAAAUAAUUUUUGGGGGGGGGUCGUUUUAGGCCCACUUUUUUUGUGUAUUUUUAUAGAAAAUUAUUGAGAAAAAUGUUCUUGCAGUAAAACGUUUUUCACAUUUCACGUAUUUCAACGUAUGUAAUACCAUAUUAUCCACCAUAUUAUCAGUCUUGUCACACUGCGAUUUUUUUUUAAAUCGAAAAACAACUUUUUUCUCAAACUAUUAUGGCUUCAUCAAAAAAAAAAGAAGAGACUUCUCAUAAGAAAACGUUUUUCAAGAGUUAUGUGCUGAGAAAAAUGUGUAAUAUUAGGAGAAAAUAUACAUUAUACACGCGCCCACACACAUACAAACUCACACACACGUGCUACGAGCACAUCUGUCAACAUAGUUUCAUUUCAUCCAUGAAGAGGAUCACUUUGAACCAACAUUAACACAACUACUUCUCUACUUUAGUUACUUUUUAAUUUUUUUUGGCUUUGUUAUUAUUAUUGUCAAGCAUCGUUACUCUUUAUAGCUUCGUUUUUCGACUCCUUUUUUGUUCCAGUGUGGGGGGGAGGGACACGUUCUCGCUACCUCCACUUAUGGCAUGAAUUGAUAAUACAACUUUCUGAGGCUGCAGCAUCCUGUUAUUUCCUUAAACCAAAGGUAUUAAAAACAACGAAGACUUUAAAAAAAGUUAAAAAAAAAAAAAAAACAACAAGCUGUGGAAUCUGACUGAAACUCAUACAGCAGGCCUCUUAGGUGUCUACUGUGAUAAACAAGAGUGAUAACCUUUAAAAGAAAAAAAAAGCAUGAUGCAGUCUGAGCACGGAUAUACUGUGAGUGUGUAGUUGCCAUGGCAACCCUUUCUGCAACAGUCUGUUGUCGUUGUUGUGCAGUGGUCGGUGGAAAGGUGUAAAAAAGUAAAAACUUUGUUCAGCGGGAUAAAUGUGAAAAAAAAUAUUUAUUUUUUAUUGAAACAUUCAUAUGUACAUAUAGGGUAUAUAGAGUGCUAUAGAAACCAGAAGUGCACAGGGCUCUGAUUCAUGUCACUGACAACAUUUAAGAGGAAAUCCCAUCAACCAAACUGGGGGAGAGACAUGGAUGACGAGAUGUGAGGUGGAACUGUGAUGCGCUGCAAUGCCAACAUUCAGCAGUUUGCAAAGUCAACAUUAGCAAACAUAUAUUUUGAAAAUUGUUUUCAAAAUAUAUGCACAUUAUAGCACAAUGAAGGACUCAAAUCCGACGCUGUCUCGAUGAUUGACUUUGAUAUGAAAAGUAGGUCACACUGACGAGGGGGGGAAAAAAAAGAACAGUACGAGGAUAAAGUCAUAAUCCGGCAGCAUAUUUUUUCAAGAAAAAGUUGUAUUUAUGAGGGGGAAAACGUAACAUAACAUUGCUGUAAACUCGAACAUUAACAUUUCUUUCUUGAAAAUAUAUUUUAAAAAAACUAACAUUUCCUAACAUAAAUACCGUGUUCCCAUUUUUGUAAUUAAAAAAAAGUCAUAUUUCACCUUUUUUGUUAUUAACAUUGUGACUUUCUUGAAAAUAUUUUUUUUCUCAUAAUGUUACAACAUUUUUUUCUCCCCAAAUUUUGAUUUGGUUCUGAAAAAAAUCCAAAUGUGUUUUCGUGAUACUACGACUUUUAUCGAUGAUUUUGUUCACGCAUUAUUUAUCUUCCUGUAAUAUUGCCACUAAAAUACUAUUGUUUCCUCCGAUGUUUCAAAUUAUUAUUCUUAUAAAAUGACUUUUUUUCUUGAAAAAGAAUUAGGCAACGGAAUAGUACGGCAACCGAAUUCAUAUAUCUUUUUUCUUUUUUUUUUUUAAAUUAAAGUCAGACUUUUACAUAAAGAAAGUCAUAGUUUUGAUGAGAAAAAAUUGUUUUUCCAAGGAAAAAAGUAGCAAUUUCACAAAAUAUAUUGUUGAGAAAAGGUUCAUUUUCUCAGAAAAAGUGGCAAAAUUACAAGAAAAAAAAUUGUAAUACAUGAAAAAACUCAUAGUCGAGGAAAAUAAAUUGUAAUAUAUGAAAACACAUUUGUAUUUUCAGGACAAAAUCUUUACGGGACAAAAACAAUUUUGUUCUCAAAUAUUACUACUUUUUCACAAGUAGUAUUACAACUUUUUCUUGAAAAAAAAAUGCUACUUGUCAUAGCUUUGUGACUUUUUCUCAUAAUUGUACAAUUUUCUUCUGUUCAUCAUGUCCUUAAUACCCCCUCAUGCAUUUGAUGCCUAUUUUUGCCAAGAUAUUUAGAAAUUGUAUAUUCCACAAUAAUGACAAAAACAAAAAAAAACAAAGUAAGUGUCAUAAUACACCUACACAAAUAUUUACAUAACUCACAAUGUACAUUAACUUCAUCAUCAAGUUAAGACUUAGUAUGCUACAUAACAUACACUUGCUUCAUCCUCAUGUGCUUUUUUUAGACUAAAAAAAAAAAACUUUCCACGCCAUUAUCCUCCUGUAAAGUGCAUCAUCGUCAUCAUCACCGCCAUCAUCAUCAUCAAGUUCUUUUUGGGUUUGGACGAAAAAAGCUCCACUGUGAGAAGCUCAGUUGCUCUUGUCCGUGUCCUGCUUUUUGCUGAGCAGGGCCUCGAGCAGGCGGAGUUUGGCUUUGAGGUUCUUGUACUGGCAGUACUCCUCCGCCAUGGGUCCGCGGUCCUCCUUCUGACAGACCCUGUGGGAGGAGAGAGGAUGCUCAACUCGUUUUGUUUGUUUUUGACCCGCAGCAGCUUCCUGAACCGGUCGAUGCUCCCUAUGUUGCCUUACUCCGAUAGUUUUGUACAGUGUCUAUUGUAAUCCAAAUAAGAAAAAUGACUAUUUACGCCAAAUGUGUACAGAUAAAAAAAAGGUGUGUAGAGUUCACUUCUUACCUGAGCUCUGUGCUGUACUCAAGUGGAUUUACUUUUGUGGAUGCUUUUUUUCCCCUAUUCAGUGGUGCCUUGACUUACAAGUUUAAUCACCCAAAACAAUUGUAUCUUAAAUCAUCUUUUCCCCAUUGAAAUCAAUGAACGCCCUCCAUCUGUUCGAGACAAUUUUUUUUUUUAAUUAAAAAAAAAAAAUUGCACUGUACAUUAUUUUACUCAAUAAAAAAAAUACAUUAAUAACAUAAUUAAAUAGAAUGUAGAGAAUUAAACCAUUUGUGCAUCAUGAUUUCAUGCAUUAAUUCAAUGGGCUUUGUGUGUCUGGUGUGUGUGCAGACAGUACACAUACAUUUCAUGAUGAAACAAGUAGUAGAAGUAAGCUGUCAUUUUUCACAGAGGAUAAAAAAAAAUGAGAGUAAACUACUUUUUCUGUUCAAAUAUAAGUUUUUCAAAGCUUUAUGAGGCACGGUGGACAACUGGUUAGAGCGUCUGCCUCACAGUUCAAUCCACCGGGCACUCCGGUUUCCUCCCACAUCCCAAAAACAUGCGUGGUAGAUUAAUUGACAACUCUAAAUUGCCCGUAGGUGUGAAUGUGAGUGCGAAUGGUUGUUUGUUUGUGUGUGCCCUGCGAUUGGCUGGCAACCAGUUCGGAGUGUACCCCGCCUCCUGCCCGAUGAUAGCUGGGAUAGGCUCCAGCACGCCCGCGACCCUAGUGAGGAGAAGCGGCUCAGAAAAUGGAUGGAUGGAAGUACCGCACCAUCAAUGCUAGUUUUGUUAACCCAGUUACAGUGUUUUGCGUAGACUGUUAGCAUUACGCGAGUUGACUUUUGUAUGUAGUUUGGUUGAAUACACUACAUCUUUUUUGUUUGUUUGUUUAUUUUACAGGUAAACUUCAACUGGGAGAGGCAAUAAACAACUUGAAUCAACCACAAUCUGGUGCUUGUAACGCAAAUUUUUGCUUGCAACACAAGACAAAAAAUUUGUUUUCAUAAAAUCGUGCGAGCGACAGCUCAAAUCUUGAAAAAUUUGGAAAUCAUGUCACUCGUAAGUCAAGCAACCACUGUAUUUGAUUACAUUUUUUGAAUUACAGUUGUUCUUUUUCUCACCACGCAUUGUUUGAACCAAAUGCUGCCAGGCUUGUUUAAAGACAGAAUAAAAUGAAAACGUGA